GAACUGGCAUAAUAUUACUGCAUCAAGUGGCAUGAGAGAUGUUGUUGUGUCUACAUGGAUUUCUGAACUAUUAUAUGAGUCCAUAAAACCAUCAGCUAUGGAGUCUAACAAUAAUCUUGAUGAUGAUCUAGUAAAUGCUUGGGCAACAGGUCUUGUUGAUGAUGGCUUGUGGGGAAGCAAUGCUCCUGCAAUGAAUAGGGUUAAUGAGUUUCUUGCUGGUGCUGGGACUGAUGCACCUGAUGUUGAUGACGAGAACAUUAUUUCAAGACCUUCAAUGAGUUAUGAUGAUAUGUGGGCAAAAACUCUUUUGGAGACUGCAGAAGUUGAUGAUGACGGGAGGUCUUCUGGAUCUUCUUCUCCAGAUUCAGUAGGGUCGGUUGAGACAUCAAUUUCAUCUCAUUUUGGAGGAAUGAAUUAUCCAUCUUUGUUCAGUUCCAAACCAUCAGCUUAUGGAUCUUCACAACCCACGAUAUCAUAA